GGCCUUCCCGGGGCAGGGGAGCGGGGCGGGAUUUCUCAGGGAACAGAGAAGCGGGCAGUGCUCAGCGGCGGCGACUGUCCUGAGGCGACGGUUGGUCUGGAGCGGCUGCGGAAGCCUCGGCGCCCGGGCCUAGGCGACGAAGGGAAGCGCAGAGGCCGCUGCCUCGUUCCUCCCGCCUCUCCAAUCUCCUGAGGUGGAGAAAGCCGCGAAGAGAACCGAGGAGGGCGCCGAGACUGAGAUAUUGUAGGGCUUUCCUGAGCAUGAAUUCAGAAUGAAGCGGCGCUUGGAUGAACAGGAGUCGCCUGUCUAUGCGUCGCAGCAGAGGCGCAUCGCCAGCAACACGGAGCCCUUCCAACACCAGCACCGGGUCCUUGCUCCAGCGCCGCCCGUCUAUGAGUCCGUCUCGGAGACCAUGCAGUCUGCCACGGGGAUCCAGUACUCGGUCACCCCGAGCUACCAGGUAUCCGCCGUAACGCAGAGUUCCAGCAGCCACGGCCCCGCUCUGGCCUCAGUCCACAGCGGGCACCACCACCCCACGCCGGUCCAGCCCCACGGGAGCCAAGUGGUGCAGAGCCAUGCCCACCCCACGCCCCCAGCGGCUCCAGUCCAGGGGCAACAACAGUUCCAGAGGCUCAAGGUGGAAGAUGCUCUCUCCUACCUUGACCAAGUGAAGUUACAGUUUGGUAGCCAGCCUCAAGUUUACAACGACUUCUUGGACAUAAUGAAGGAGUUUAAAUCUCAAAGCAUCGACACUCCGGGGGUGAUCAGCCGCGUCUCCCAGCUCUUCAAGGGCCACCCCGACCUGAUCAUGGGCUUCAACACCUUUUUGCCCCCCGGCUACAAAAUCGAAGUGCAGACGAACGACAUGGUGAACGUGACAACGCCGGGGCAGGUCCACCAGAUCCCAGCCCACGGCCUGCAGCCUCAGCCGACCCCACAGCCGGCUCAUCCGUCUCAGCCCACGGCACAGUCUGUCCCGACCCCCGCACAGCCGGCACCCCAGCCGCCGCCGGCCAAGAUCAGCAAGCCUUCCCAACUGCAGGCGCAUACGCCGAACAGCCAGCAGACCCCUCCGAUCCCCUAUGCGUCCCCUCGCUCCCCUCCGGUGCAGCCGCACACGCCGGUGGCCAUCUCCCUCGGAACCACACCGUCCCUCCAGAACAACCAGCCGGUCGAGUUCAACCACGCCAUCAACUACGUCAACAAGAUCAAGAACCGCUUCCAGGGGCAACCAGAUAUUUACAAGGCCUUCUUGGAGAUCCUUCACACCUAUCAGAAAGAGCAGCGAAAUGCCAAGGAAGCGGGAGGCAACUACACGCCGGCCUUGACCGAGCAGGAGGUCUACGCCCAAGUGGCCCGCCUCUUCAAGAACCAGGAAGACCUGCUCUCUGAAUUCGGACAGUUCCUGCCAGAUGCCAAUAGCUCCGUUCUGCUGAGCAAAACGACUGCAGAGAAAGUGGAGUCGGUCAGAAAUGACCAUGGGGGUACCAUCAAAAAGCCACAGCUGAACAGCAAGCAGCAGAGACCGAACCAGAACGGCUGCCAGAUCCGGCGACAUGCCACCACAGGAACCACUCCUCCGGUGAAGAAGAAACCAAAGCUCCUUAAUUUGAAGGACCCAUCAGUGGCAGAAGCUGGUAAACAUGGGACAGAGUCUCUCUUUUUUGACAAGGUCCGGAAGGCCCUGCGCAGCACAGAAGCCUAUGAGAAUUUCCUCCGUUGUCUGGUCAUUUUUAAUCAGGAGGUGAUCUCCCGAGCCGAACUUGUUCAGCUGGUGUCUCCAUUUUUGGGAAAAUUCCCAGAGUUGUUCACUUGGUUUAAGAAUUUCCUGGGCUACAAAGAGUCUUCCCACUUGGAGUCGUUUCCAAAGGAGCGAGCCACGGAAGGGAUCGCAAUGGAGAUCGACUACGCUUCCUGCAAGAGGCUGGGCUCCAGCUACCGGGCCUUGCCCAAGAGUUACCAGCAGCCCAAAUGCACGGGACGGACUCCGCUGUGUAAGGAGGUGCUGAAUGACACCUGGGUUUCUUUUCCAUCCUGGUCUGAAGACUCAACGUUUGUGAGCUCCAAGAAGACCCAGUACGAAGAGCAUAUUUACCGGUGUGAAGACGAACGGUUUGAGCUGGAUGUUGUCUUGGAGACCAACCUGGCCACCAUCCGUGUCCUGGAGACGAUACAGAAGAAGCUCUCUCGCUUAUCAGCGGAGGAGCAAGCCAAGUUCCGGCUGGACAACACUUUAGGGGGCUCCUCAGAGGUCAUCCACCGCAAGGCCUUGCAGAGGAUAUAUGCCGACAAGGCAGCCGACAUCAUCGACGGCCUCCGGAAGAACCCCGCCGUGGCAGUUCCCAUUGUGUUGAAGAGGUUAAAAAUGAAAGAAGAAGAGUGGAGAGAAGCCCAGAGAGGGUUCAACAAAGUCUGGCGGGAACAGAACGAGAAGUACUACCUGAAGUCCCUCGACCACCAAGGGAUCAACUUCAAGCAGAACGACACCAAGGUCUUGAGAUCCAAAAGCCUUCUCAGUGAGAUUGAGACUAUUUACGAUGAGAGGCAAGAGCAGACCUCCGAGGACAACGGCGGCCCUCACCUCUCCCUGGCCUAUGAAGACAAGCAGAUCCUGGACGACGCGGCCUCGCUCAUCAUCCACCACGUCAAGCGCCAGACCGGCAUCCAGAAAGAGGACAAGUACAAGAUCAAGCAGAUCAUGUACCACUUCAUCCCGGAUCUGCUCUUUGCUCAGCGGGGGGAGCUCUCCGACGUGGAGGAGGAGGAAGAGGAGGAGAUGGAUGUGGAGGAGGGCGGCGGCGGCUCGGGUCCCGUGAAGAAGCACAACGGGGUCGGCGGAAGCAGCCCACCAAAAGCCAAACUGCUCUUCGGCAACACGGCGGCCCAGAAGCUGCGCAACCUGGACGAGGCCUACAACCUCUUCUACGUCAACAACAACUGGUACAUCUUCCUGCGCCUGCACCAGAUCCUGUGCCUGCGGCUGCUUCGGAUCUACGCUCAGGCCGAGCGGCAGAUCGAGGAGGAGAGCCGGGAGAGAGAGUGGGAGAGGGAAGUGCUGGGCCUCAAGCGCGACAAGGGGGACAGCCCCGCCAUCCAGCUGCGGCUCAAGGACCCCAUGGACAUCGACGUGGAAGACUAUUACCCAGCUUUCUUAGACAUGGUGCGGAACUUGUUGGAUGGCAACAUGGACUCUUCCCAGUACGAGGAUUCCCUUCGGGAGAUGUUUACCAUUCAUGCCUACAUUGCCUUUACCAUGGACAAAUUGAUCCAGAGCAUCGUCAGACAGCUCCAGCACAUUGUGAGCGACGAGAUCUGCGUCCAGGUGACCGAGCUCUACCUGUCCGAGAGCAACAGUGGAGCCACCGGCGGCCUACUCUCCUCCCAGGCCUCCCGGUCUCUCGUGGAGACGACCUACCAGCGCAAAGCGGAGCAGCUCAUGCAGGAUGAAAACUGCUUUAAGCUGAUGUUCAUUCAGAGCAGAGGCCACGUCCAGUUAACUAUCGAGUUGCUCGACACCGAAGAAGAAAACUCCGAUGAUCCUGUUGAAGCUGAGCGCUGGACCGACUAUGUGGAUCGGUACGUCAACUCCGAUUCGACCUCUCCUGAACUGCGGGAGCAACUGGCCCAGAAGCCUGUUUUUUUGCCAAGGAACCUGCGGCGGAUCCGCAAGUGCCAGCGCGGCCGGGAGCAGCAGCAGGAGAAGGACGGCAAGGAGGGGGCCGGCAAGAAGCCCCUGGAGAAUGUGGAGAGCCUGGACAAGCUGGAGUGCAAGUUCAAGCUCAACUCCUACAAGAUGGUGUACGUCAUCAAGUCGGAGGAUUACAUGUACCGGAGGACCGCUCUGCUGCGUGCCCAUCAGUCCCACGAACGGGUGAGCAAGCGGCUGCACCAGCGCUUCCAGGCCUGGGUCGACCGAUGGACCAAGGAGCACGUGACCCGCGAGAUGGCGGCCGAGACGAACAAGUGGCUGAUGGGCGAAGGCCUGGAAGGCCUGGUGCCUUGCACCACCACCUGCGACGCAGAGGACCUUCACUUUGUGAGCAUCAACAAGUACCGCGUCAAGUACGGCGCCACAAUAUUCAAGACUCCCUAAAAAAAAAGAAAAAUAGAAAAAAAAAAGAAACCCUCUGCCGGGGAGAACGCCAGAGCGUUGGGGGAUAUGUGUGUGUCUGUUGUGUGUGUGUUUGCGCACAUCGAGGAAGCGAGACACAAAACCCGAGGAGGCGGAACGCCUUCUUCCUCCUCCUCCGCAUAACUCCGUCGCGGCAUCCAUAGUUGAGGGAAACGUCGACCCCGAGGAACCCAGCUCAUGGCACACGUUGUGGGUAGCGGUGCAGACAACCAGCCCUGCCUUGACACACCAGCAGCAUAUUCUCCGACAUCGAGGGACUCUGAGGACUUGGGACGAAACCGAGAUAUUUUUGGUGCAUUUUGAAACCCUCCUCCUUCCCUCUUUUUUGGGAGUGCUUUGAGAUAGCCUGACGACAUCGAGAUUUGGUGCAUUUAAAAUCCUCUUCCCCACAAAAAAGGAAAAAAAAGAAAUCCUAGAGCCAGAAUAUUCCAGGGAUCGCAGAGAUAUCCCUGGCUUUUUGCAAAAUCUUCCAUCCGUCUCGACUUCGGAAAAUCUGAGUCCGACACAGUCUUGUCUCUCUUCCAGGUCUCUCCCGGUGACUUACGUAAACACCACCUAAGAUCCAACCAUGUCCUUCCUUUAGUGCCAGUGGAAACUUAUUUUAUCCAUUUGGGGUUUUAUUAUUUUUUUAUUUGUAUUAUUAUUAUUAUUAUUUUGGUACUUGCUUGUUUACUAGUCUCUUUUUAGUGCCAUGCACCAGCUUUUUACACAUGGGAAACACAUUCAGAUACAUAACAAAACACAAAAACGUGCCGUUCCAGUUCCAGGCAAAAAUCUUCCACAACAGCGACGAGUUUCAACUUUGUUUUUUUUUUUUCUCCUCUUCCCUCCUCCUCCUCCUUUAUUUUUGUAAAUAAAUGUACAUAUUUGUCAAUUUUUUUUUUCUAUUAAAGGAAGAAAAAAGUAUGCUUGACGUGCUAGGAGAUCUAGCUUCUUGUGUACCAUAGUCGUACCCAGGUGGCUUCAGGGUUUGUUUAGGGCAAGGAGCAGCAGCAGUGUGGCAUUUUAUUACACUUUCUACUACCAAAGGGAGUUGUUAUCAUUGUAGUGCUUUGUGGGACAAAAAAAAAAUAUGUUUUCUCCUUUUUGUAAAAAAAGAAAAUGAAACAAAAAACAUGAAUAAUAAUAAUAAUAAUACAUCUUGGUUCUCGAGAGGGGAUGUUGCGUCGAGCUGGGAUUCACAAAGACAAAGACGGGAGCGUGCUUGUGCGAAUAAGAGAAAGUCUGUGGAAGUGCAUUAUGAUUUGUAAUGUCUUUAAUUUCAAGCAGUUUGUUUGAAUAUAUGGAUAUGUAUUAUAUAUAUACUUUUCCUUUCUUUUUCUUUUUUUUUUAGUGGGUAGCUUUCUAUCCACUUCUUAAGUCUUCCGGCUCGGAGAAUCCGCACUUUUGGGAAGUGCUGCUGAGCUGUCCAGUUUGGGGCUUCGGCCGUUAUGUUGCUUAUGGCGCGUUUCUUCUUGGUGUUUGGAAGGAAAACCUGCGUAAAUACCAAACCAGUAUUCGGCAGAAAGAGCUGCUUUUGGCGCGGAUGUUUUAUGUGUGCGAAUGCGACAAGGGAAAGCUGGGCCACGGAAAACGAGAGAGAGAGGGCGAUCUCUUCCCGUUGGUCUAGUGGCCGAAAAGCAGGGAUGUCUAUAUAUAUAUUUUUAGAAAGCUCACCGUGUCGGAUGUGUAAAGACAGAGAUAAUCGGAGCCUCUUUUUCCAGGCAAGUCUCCCUUUACGAGAAGCACCUGCGGAUUUUUCUUUUUUGUGGAUACGAAAGUUGUCCUUCUCCAAGGAGACAUGCUUCCCUUCUUGCACAAAGUUAACAAGGAGGAUAUAUGUGUGUGUGUGUGUGUGUAUAUAUAUAUGUACACACACACACACAUAUAUAUAUAUUUACAUAUAUACAGUAGAGUCUCGCUUAUCCGACAUAAACGGGCCAGCAGAACGUCGGAUAAAUGAAAAUAUCGGAUGAUACAGAGUCUCCUAUUGUUACCCAUCAGACGUGACGCUAGACACCUAGAAUCCUAAAAACAGGAACUCAAAAGAAUUAAGGCAAGGCAACACCCCGGGGCUAGAUGGCAGGAAUUGCCCGGAUGCGGAAGAGGAGUGUGGAAAUCGGAGAGGGAAGGAAGGAGGACACUUCCACUUCCGGUCCUUCCUCUUUUUCCCCUUUCCUCCCUCCUUCUCCUUUUGUACCUAUUGGGAAUGGAGAGUUGAGUAGCGCUCCUUUAAUUGGGGGAAAAGAAAGGUUUUGGAUAAGAUGGAAUAUCAGAUAAGAUGGAACGUCGGAUAAGCAAAGGUCAGAUAAGCGAGAUUCUACCAGGUGUAUAUAUAUAUAUAUAUCAAGACAGAGAGAGAGAGAGAUGGGUCUCCCCAGACUUGUUAAUUUAAAUUAUCUGUCCCCAGUUCUCAGAAAUAUAGCAUCAACACAAUCAACAGGGGGGGGAGAUCAGGAGGAGAAAACAAGAGUGGAAAUGGGAGGGAAACUUCAGUUGGGAAGUUCAGACAGUAUACCAGCAAUAAGCUUAACGUAUUCCCCCCAAGUCUCUUUCCGUCGCCCUGUUAGUAGGAAAACAGGGCAUUAACGACAGCGCUAUUGUGUCCCUCUUCCAUUUUGGCUCGCCUCUCCUUCCAUCGUCGUCCUCCUCUUUGUGUAUCUUCAAAUACCAGUUUCUUUUACACGUACCAAACACCGAGUUGGGAAAAACGGCAGCUUCGAUGCCUUUGCCCGGGCAAAGCAGGACAGGAAACAGGGUCAGGGAUUUUUCCUCCUUUCCCGGCCAGUCCUGGAAUGGGGUCCGACUCUUUCGUUCCCAGCAGGGUUUUGCAAUGUCUCUGCCUCUUCUUUCCCCCCAAAAUCAAUCCUGAUGUCUGACAUCGGAGCUCCAAGCUCCAACCCUGGCCUGUACAAAUCGCGGGGAGGGGCGGGGAAAAGGACGCUUUUCCUUAUUUCGAACUGCUUUUUGUAUUCCUGUAACGUGCUUCUUUUCUUCUUUCUUCCUUUCGUUUUUCCUUUUUUUUGCCACCUAUUUCAUGUGAUGAUGAUUUCUAUACAGAUGUUGUAAACUUUUGACUGUAGUGCAGUAUUUCCAUUAAAAUAUCAGGGCUACCCGUG